AUGCGUUGGCUACAGAAGCGCGGGUGUGCUUCGGGUGCUGAGCGACGGCCACGUCGCCUGACAUUUCUAGCUCGGGGAUUUCUUCUGUUAGCUGCCUUAUUCUUAGUCAAUGUUAUUCUCUGGGUAGCGACGACCAUCACGUUCACUAUCAAGCACGACAACGGUGUUGCGCCGCCAUCGAAUGCAUCUCAUGAGGCCUCGGGUAUUCUGAGCGGCGAAGACGAUGGGCCUGGUCAAACGAGCUCACUUAUGAGUAUUGCUUUGAUUGCUUGGACAACGGGUCUUCGCCAUGCCGUGGAUGCUGAUCACAUCUCGGCUAUUGACAAUGCCACACGUCGCAUUAUGGCCGUCCCACGCAGAGAUGGCCGUGGUUUCCGGCGGCCUGUAACGGUCGGCCUCUUUUUCAGUCUGGGUCACUCAUGUGUGGUGAUUGCCGUGGUGAUUGCCGUCGCCGUAUCCUUUAUUACCUAUACACGUAUGGACACCGUAUCCGAAGUGGGUGGCAUUAUCGGCGCCUCUGUCUCCGGCUCGUUCCUUUUCUUAAUUGGUGUCAUCAACUCCAUCAUUUUAGUGCACAGCUUUCUUCAGAUGCGCCGUGUUCGUCGCCAAGAACGACUAGACGAGGCGCGCGUCGAAGCCGCUAUUGCCCAGGCGGAGGCACAAGCUCAAUCCAACGCCGAGGUUGACGCACCUGCGGGGAUCCCUCACCUGGCUCCCCCGCCGCAAGCGCACGUAAAAGAGGACGUGCCUGCUACCACAGAAUCCGCUACGCCAACCAUGCAUCACGGCAUUCACCUUGUCGAUCCUUUCGAGACAAGGCCUGCGAUGGAUGAAAAAGAAGUACACAAAGUCAUGGACGAGCUUAAUGAUCCCUCUCUUCCCGACAAAGUCGACGAGGCCCACUCGCCUACCGGUGAGAAACGUCCCACGGCCGAAUUCCGCGGUCUAUUUACACGAUUGGCUAUGCCGUUGCUCAAAGUCAUUGACCGUCCAUGGAAGAUGCUGCCUAUUGGUAUUUUGUUUGGUCUUGGCUUUGAUACGGCCAGUACCAUCUCGCUCCUGGGCAUUGCGCUCAUUGCCGGCGGUGGUCUGAACGGGGGGAACUCAAACGGAAGCAUAGUGCUACUAGCGCUCCUAUUUACGGCGGGUAUGAGCUUCAUUGACUCUUGUGAUUCUGUGCUGAUGAUUUGUGCUUAUUCCUGGGAAGAAUUGGAUGCGAUGCCGAAAUGGUACUCGCCAUGGGAGCCUGUGCCUGACAAGAUUGAUACGCAUCAGGAAGUGACGACGUCGCGGGAGUCAGACAUUGCGCAUGAAUUGGUCCUUUCCACGACACCCUUUGCCCUUUUACUUACGCUCUUGUCUGUCCUCAUGGCCUUCAUCGUGGCUGUGAUCGAGAUUCUAGGAUUGAUUGGCGAACAUUGUUCGCAAUGUUCUGCAGCGGCUGAUCGUCAGGCGGCGACGCAUGAUGGUGGUCUGGCGGGCAGCUGGUGGUUAUGGUGGCGUUGGUGCAAUGACUACUUUGGUUACAUUGGUAUUGGCAUUACAGGCAUUUUCGUGGUCUGUGUUGUUGUAGCCCUCCUUUUCACGAUCCGACAUGCACGUCAACGGCAUGCGCAUCGUGCUGCUUUGCGUGACAGGGCCGGCAAGUGGGGCGUGCAAUACUAA